CUAUGUUGUCGGUUCAUUGAGCACCUCAUCCCACCAACACUCAACACUGUUCAGAGCCGCCGCCGCUUUGAGGACCGACACAUGCAGAAUCCGUAACUGAGGAGGAUCAUUCAGAAUAAGGAACGCAUUUUACAGGCUGCUUGUGCCCAAACCAGGAAGUGAACAUGAGCAGCCUCUCUGCUGACAGGAAGACGCCCGUGGAUUAUGGCGUUCAGAUCCGCUUCAUUAAAGACCUCCAUGACACAGGAGGAGGUUAUUCUGAUAAAUCCAGAGGAAAUAACAGUGCAACUCCUCCUUCCAACAAAUAUGGAGUGGCAGUGAGGGUUCAGGGAAUCUCUGGACAGCCUUAUGUGGUUCUGAAGGAUGGCGAGAAGGGUGACUCAUACGGAGUUCAAUUAAAAACCCCCACCUCCAGCUCGGGGACACCUUCACCAUACAACAGCCUCCCAAAAAUUAAUAAAGUACAGAGAGAAUUCUUAAAUCCCUACACCCCUGCUGAUAAUUCAUCACAAUCCCCAACUUCUCCAGCAGAGGAUGAGGAUGGGGAAAUUUUUGGGAGCCCUCUAAAAAGACCUCCAGGGGAUGGUCAAGCAGGGACACAAGGGGAGGAGGAGGGUCGGGUGGGCAAAGAAAAACAGGUAGAGAAGCCGAAAGCUGAACUCAAAGUGACAGUUAGUGACACAGAGAAAAGUAAAGACUGGACAAGUAAUGUGGAAUAUAACGAAGCAGGACUUAAACCUGUCAAAUUAAACUCUGUGGGACCCAGAGGGGUAAACCAAACCGGCUCUGGUUUCACCGGCUCUUUGGGGAGGUACAGUCAGAAGAAACCAAGUACAAAGUCUUCUUCACGGUUAUUACCAGAACCUCCAGCAUCGAGUGACGAGCCUGUCCCAGCAAUUGACACCAACUCCCUGGCCCCCAUCAACAAGCUCAUCAAUAAGUUCAACAGUGGAGCACCAGAUAGCGCCGAACAGACGAGAGGGCGCUCUGGAGCAAGGCAGCGGCUCAGAUUUGACGAGCGUAGGAGAUCCAGAAGUCUUGACGCCAGAAAAGAUGCUGAGUCAGAAGUUUCCCUCCCCUCGAAUAUCUCUCCGACUCCAAAUCCCUACACUGAUCCUCAGUCUACCUUCUUCAGUUUGUCUUCUACUCCAGCAAGUAGUAGCCUGGGACAGAGCCCUCCAUCUUUUGACACAGUGACAGCCUUUGAGGCUCCCAAGGCAAAUUUCAAGUCACCAGAGAUGUUUAAUGCCAAGAACACACCUCCAGCUAUAGCUAAAAAGCCCGAGACACUUCCUAGGAGUCAAAGUGCAGACGUCACGGAUGGAGGAGAGAUUCCAGUCAAGCAAACUAGUAACAUCCUGAAAAGCAGUAUCAGUGACAGUGAAGGACCCCUGAAAACAAAAGUCAGCCCCAAUGCUGAAACAACUGGCAGCUUAAAGAAGGGGGGAUCUGAUGGAAGUCUUAAAACAGGGAGCCUUGAGGAACUUCAGGAGCAACUGAAACGUCUCAAGAAAGAACUGCAGCAGGCCCAGGAUGAAAUGGCUGAGGAGCGUAUCGCCAGAGAAAUUGCAGAGUCUCGUACGCACAUGCUGGAAGAUCAGCUAGCUGAGCUUCAGGAAGAGCUGAGAAGGGUUUCAGAAAAUUCGCCUCAGUCAGACUCAGUGCAGACGGAUGUGGCGACUCUGCGGGCUCAGCUUGCUGAGGCCACCAUGCUACGUCAGCGCCUAGAAGAUACGCUGCGCCAGCGAGAACGGGAGCUGACGGCACUGAAGGGGGCACUAAAGGAGGAGGUGGAGUGCCACGACAAAGAGAUGGAGGCUCUGAGGGAGCAGUACAGCCAGGACAUGGAGAACCUGAGGAAAACCAUGGAGCAGGUCACACAGUCCCAGGAGCAGAUAGAGGAGGAGAGGGAGAGGGUGAACACCACCAUGUUGACGCUAGAGGAAGAGCUGGAAAGCUGCAGAAAUCAGGAAGAGCAGUGGAAGAUGGAGCUGGAGGCGAGCACGCAGGAGCUGCACAAGACCAAAGAGGAGAACGCGGCGAACCCCAGCAGUCGAACGCUGCAAAAAUCUCAUCUGGAGAAGGAAGGAUUGGAGGGUGAGCUAAAGGAUCUUCGGGAUUCAUUGCUUGCCAUGAAGAAACAAACGCCUGCAUCUGAUGAUAACUGCUCUUUAGCUGAGGAGCUUCAACGUUGCCAUGACAACCUGAAGAGGGCUCACGCCGAUCUGGACAAACAAAAGGGUCAGCUGGACGAGAAAAUCAAGGCCCUUCAAGCUCUAAAGAAGGCGAGCGGAGAGAAAGAGACCACGCUUCACUCUGAGAUCAGCAAGUUGAAGGAGCAAUUUCAGAAAGAUAAGACUGCGCUGGAAAAGGCACUCGAGAAGGCAAAAGAGACAUCAGCUGGGUCUGCAGGAAAUACUGUGGUGGACCACAGCAGCAACUUGGAGCUCCAGGAGGAAAACAAUCGCCUGAGGGAGAGGCUGGCCCGCAUGACAAGGCUUCACUCCAGCAUGCCUCAGAGCCCGGAGGAUGAGGGAACAGUGGAAGCCCUGGAGGAUGAGAACCGCUCCCUGAAAUCUCAACUGGAGGACGCCAAGAGAGGAGUCACCCGUCUGAGCAAGGAGAGGGACGAGCUGGUCCGACGGCUGGAGGAGAGAGACCUGGAGAGGGAGGCGUUGAGGAGGGGCAAAAGUGAACUGGAGGAUCACAAAAGGCAGCUGGAUCGAGCAGUUGAAAAGCUUAACAAAGAGAUGGAGAUGAUGAUGGGAGAUUCUCGUCACUCAGUAGCCACCCUACAAACGCAGCUUGAUGAAUACAGGGAGCGCUCGAGGAAGGACCUGCUGGAGGCGCAGCGCAGCAGCAAGGACAGGCUGGCUGAGCUGCAGAGGGUACAGACCAACCUGAAGGCCCAGCAAGAAGAGGUUUCUCGUCUGAAGAAGGAGCUGCUGGCGUGCAGUGAGGAGAGAGACAGCGCUCAGUUGGAGCGAGACCUGCUCAACAACCGCCUCAAACACUAUGAGAGUGAACUAGAAGCAGAGAAGAGCACAUACACUGACCGUACCCGGGAGAUCAGAGGCCUGGAGGAUAAAAUUAAAACACUAGAAAUUGAGCUGGAUGAGGAGAAGAGUAAUGUGGAGCUUUUGAACGAUCGCAUUAACCGAAGCAGAGAUCAGGUGGAUCAGCUUCGUUCAGAGCUGAUGCAGGAGCGUUCAGCCAGACAUGACCUGGAAAUGGACAAGAGUGCCCUGGAGAGACAGAUGAAGGAGUUAAAGUCUCGCGUGGCAGACAUGGAGGGACAGACUCGGCCCUCAGCUGGAAUCACACUGCUGGAAACCAAAAUUCAGGAGUUGGAGGAGAAACUACGGAGUGAAGAAAGAGAGAAGGCCGGUAUCCAGGCUUCUCAGAGACGAAUGGAGAGAAAGCUGAAGGAGGUAAACGCCACAUUAGACCAGGAGAGAAGCCAACACAUUGAGCAGAGAGAUCAGUUGACUCUGCGUGUGAAGGCCUUGAAACGGCAGGUGGAUGAGAGCGAGUUAGAGGUGGAGCGCUUGGAAGGAGUCCGCCGUAAAGUUCUCAGGGACUUGGAGGAGCAGCGGGAGCUGCAGGUAGCACUGCAGGCCAAAGUGAUGACGCUGGAGAGUGAAUUAAAGCGGAAGUCACAGCCGACACAUCGCUCGACUCUGAGCUCCUCCGCUUUAAGCUCCGAGGAUGAGGAUGGUUUCUAUGACAGCAAAAUCUCAGCUUUGAGAGUCCUGAGCAAGAGCCACACGCAGACCUCCAACUGCUAAAUGACAAUGACUACAAGCAUGAAGUAUAUUUUUCAGUAGAAACACUUUUUUUUUAAUAUGAGGUUCCAGUUGUGCCAAAAUUAUGUUUGCAUUCACCCCUUAUGUCUUUUCAUCUUUGAGCUUCGCUCUAGUUGUGAGAACAUUAUCUGACCACCCGAUUUUCUGUCAACUACUCAUCUGACAUCACAUGCAUACUUUCAGUUUUAAACCUGCUGUGUCGCACUUUCCAAUACUGGGCAGGAAAAGUACUUUAAAUAUAGUACUUUAAAUAUAUUUCAUAUACUAAUACCAAGAGCCACUCCGAAUAUGUCAACAAGCCGUUCAAGGUGCAACUGAAACCAAAUCAGUGGGUCAUUUGUCCGCUGUCAAACGACAGGGAGAUGGACAACAACAGGACAACAUAAGAAUGAAAUGAGAGGGAGCACGACGAGUCAGCACAGCAUGUGGGGAAAAACUGGUCAAACAACAAGAUGCUUGAAUUUGAAACAGUCCUAAUGUAAAUAUAAUUUUGGCACACACGGAGCCUCGUAUGCCCACAGAAACGUAGUCAAGGCAUCACAUUUUUUCCAUGCCUCUCAGUUGGUUUUAUUUUCAGUUCAGAGGCAGGUUGUCACGAUCAUCAGACUGCAUUUUUGAGCCUUCAUCUGUGGUUACGAUCGCUGCAGUGCUGUCAUGUUUUAUCUGUUUUGAUCUUUUGUUUCUCUGUUAUGUUGAGACGAAUUACGGCUACUGCAGGCUACUGCACCAUGUCUCCAAAAAAGGCUCUGUACUAUGUUUUUACAAUAUUUGCUGUUUGCUACCAUGGUAGUACCUUACAUUGUGGCACGGUUUAUGUUCCAGUCAUACGGUAGAGUGUCAUUUCAAAUCACAAACCAAAAAAAAAAAAAAAAAUAACUGCUUACAUAUUUCCUCACGGUUCAGGUUAGACCUGUGUUCUCUUCUGCAUGUUGAGUUACUUCUUGUCAGUGUUGGUUAGCAGCUCUGAGUAUUUAUUUGUGUAUUCAAAGUGGUGUCGUUUUUUGUUUUUUUUUACUUUAAAUGUGACUAUUACAGGCCACUUGAUCUGAGCCUUCAUUUUUACACUGGAUAGGUUUGCACACCUGAAGACAAUCAAGUACACAUGCAGCACUUUGUAGCUUCAAAGAUUUUCACCCCUGAUGUUUUUCUACUCUACCCACAUGUGUUUUCAUGUGCAUGUCUCCACUCAGAUGCCUUAAAAAUGUGAUUCAUGUGUUCUGUUUAUAAGCUGCUGCUGUAAUGGUUUAAAUAGUAUUGCAUAUGUUUGCCUGUGCUUGGGUCUUCCUCUGUACGUCCCUGUUGGAAGAAUACAUUGAACCACUUCACAUUUCCUACUUUUUGCACCUGGCUGUUCUAAAUGUUGCUUUUUGUCUCCUAAAAUAUUUUAAUGAUGUUGUUUAUACCACUUUGAACAUGUUCCUUUUGUGGCAUGUGUUUGUACCGGGGCAAUUAAGUAACAAUGCUGUUAAAUUUAGGAUGAGCUUAUUAAGUUGUUGGUAACAUGUGAGGUUCCCAAGAUUUGAAGUACUUUUUGGACCAUGUGUACAAUAAAAUGAAUGAUA